AUGAGGUGGAAUCUCUCUGAAGUGGCCUCGGCAGGCUUCCGUGUCAACAGCUUCUACCAUUCGCCUUGGCACAAGUUCCCAGCGCACGACAGGCACCCCGAUGAUAUGGACACCGUGGCCCUGUCCACCAGUUGGAAUGUGAUUUCCAGAGUGGAAGGGCGUUUCCAGCUGUUCCAGAACGAGCUGCGGGCUGACAAGGUGAAGGUAUCCAACCUUCGGCGGCUUUGUGUGAAUGGCGUGCCGGAGGAGAAAGACCAGCAGGGACUCAGGGCCGUCGUCUGGAAGGUGCUGCUUGGAUUGCUGCCACCAGAGAAGGAAGAAUGGGAGGAUGUGCUGAAAAAGAAGCGUGCAGAGUACAGGUCCUUCUGCCAGGAGCUGAUUAUCGAUCCCAAGAAGGACGAAAACGGUGAACCAAUUGAGCCUGUGAGGCCUGCAGGGGAGACAACAUCGGCGGAGAGCGAUCCAGCCAACAUCUCCACAGCUCUGGAUGUUACACACGAGGAUCAUCCCCUCUCUCUUGGAUCUGAUAGCAGAUGGAACGCCUACUUCAAGGACACUGAUGUGAAGGAGCAGAUCGACCGCGAUGUGAUGCGCACUCACCCAGACAUGCUCUUCUUCAGCGGAGAUGGGGAAGAGGCUGCCAGGCACAGGGAGGAUCUCAAGAGGGCGUUAUUCAUCUUUGCAAAGCUGAACCCAGGCAUCACUUAUGUCCAGGGGCUCAACGAGAUUUAUGCUCCACUGUAUUAUGUGUUCAGCAAGGACCCAGACAAAGGUGCUGCUGCACAUGCAGAAGCAGACGCGUUCUUUUGCUUCAUUCUUCUCCUGGGCGAGUUCAGAGACCACUUCGUUAAGCAGCUGGACAACAGCCAGAUUGGGAUUAAGGCUACCAUUCAGAGGUUUUCUCAACUCCUAAAGAGGAACGACGAGGAGCUUUGGAGGCACCUGGAAUAUGAAUCAAAGGUGGAUCCUCAAUACUACUCGUUUCGCUGGAUUACCCUUCUUCUGACGCAGGAGUUCAAUUUUGCUGACGUCCUGCGGCUGUGGGACACGCUCAUUGCUGCUCCUGGUAGCCGCCUGGACUUCCUCCUGAAGGCAUGUGUUGCCAUGCUCAUGCAUGUCAGGAGCGAGCUUCUGGAUGGCGACUUCUCAAAGAACAUUAAGCUGCUACAGUCAUUCCCAUCAAUCGAUGUAAUCGUCAUCAUCCAAGCAGCGCUGGAGAUGGAGAUGUGA